AUGAAGGUGCUAACAUUACUUUUUAUUGCACUUGCCUCACUUGCCUUGGCAGACGGGUACGUCAUUCAGACUCCAACUUCUACAGUGAACACGAGGACCGCUCCAGUCGGAUGGGUUCACAUACAAAAAUUGUUACUUCCGUUAUUUGAAAAUGUUUGUGAGGAAAGUAUAGAGCCAAUUAUAGUUCGCUUAAAUGAAGAAUUCAAAUUAGAUCCUUCAGUUGGAAAUUAUUUGAAACCAGAUGUAAUAGAUAAUUUACAAAGCCUUAAAGGUGGCAAAGGCUUGUUAGCGAAAGGGGAAAUAUUCACAGAACGCUAUGCUGAUCAUUUAAAUGAACUCAAAACUAUAUACGAAGUCCUUUUCUAUGCUAAAGAUUUUGAUACUUUUUAUAAAGCAGCUUGCUGGGCGCGUCAGAACGUAAAUUGUGGACUAUUCGUUGACGCUAUAUAUCUGGCAAUUUUAAAUAGACGCGACACUGAAAAGAUAUCAGUGCCGGCUCCGUAUGAACUUUUACCGAAUUAUUUUGUAAGAAAAGAUUUUAUUAUAAAAGCAUCAUCGUUAAUAAGAGGUGUAAUGAUAGAUUUAAAUAACAGCGUUCGCAACGUUGGUAAUGCUUAUAUUUUAGACGUGAAUUAUACAACAAACUUUUAUGACGAGGGCGACGACAAGUUGGCCUAUUUUCGUGAAGAUGUUGGUCUUAAUUCCUUUUACUAUUUGAAAAAGUUAAAAAAUUUAGGUUCAAUCAGUACUAAACCAAGCAAAGAUGGACAAUUACUUUAUCAUACCAUUAAACAGAUGAUGGCUCGCUAUAACUUAGAAAGAUAUUCAAAUGCUUUGCCUGAAUUGGAAGGCAUUGACUGGGAUUAUCUCGACGACCUAUAUUCUUAUGAUCCCUUGCUUAUAUAUUCUAAUGGUAAAGAAUUUAGGCGUUCAUCAGCUAAUGGAGACUAUGAAGUUCUUAAACUGUUGAAAAAUAUUGAAAACAAUAUUCCGACUGUCGUCGUUCACAUGAGAGAUGGUGGUUACAAUAAAUCUGAAAUAAUUGACCAUUUAAUGGAAAUUUUGAUAACUGGAGAAAACAGUUAUGAAAAGCUAGCUUUACAACUUUUAAGUGGCGACAAAAGCAUCUCAAGUGAGCCUUCAGUCCUAGAACAUUAUAUGACAACUACACGGGAUCCUGUAUUCUGGAAACUGAAUAAAAAAAUUGUUGAUUUAGUAGACAACGCUUUACAAGUGCUACCCAGCUAUACCAGAAACCAACUUUACUUUCCAGGAGUAGAAGUCCAAAACAUAGAAGUGAAGAAAAUGACGACAUCAUUUGAAAAUUUUGUUUUCGAUCUAACUAGUGCAUUGAGAACAGAAACUGAAGAUACUAAAUUUGAAGUAAAAGUUAGUCAGCCGAGAUUAACUAAUAAGCCAUUUGCAUUUAAAAUAAAUGUUUCAUCAUUCGUGGCACAAAAAGCUUUAGUAAAAAUAUAUAUAGGUCCUAAAGUAACGCCUGGCCAGUUGGUUGAAAAGAAAAAUUUGUUAAUGUUAUUAGAUUGCUUUGAAUAUAAUUUAAAGAUCGGCACUAAUAUAAUAACUAGAACAUCAAAUGAAAUGUUGAAGCUAUCUGAUGACUUUGAUUCCUUGGAGACAAUACGCAAAAAAGUUUCAGAUGCAGAAUUUGGUGUAAAUACAUUACCUUUAAAGACAACGUGGUCUCAAAUAGAAUUUCCUUCUCGUUUAAUCCUUCCUAAAGGCACACCUGAAGGAUUACCUUUACAUGUCUUUGUAUUUAUUGCUCCAUACGUAAAACCUAGUUUAGGGGGAUUUAGAAGUAACGUUGAAUUAAAUAACGAAGCUAUUUUCUCCCCUGGAUAUCCUUUCGACUUAGAUAUCGAAAUCCAGCAACUAUUUAGUCUUCCAAAUGCUUUGGUUAAAGAUAUUACAAUAACACACAAAUCUGAAUCAGCAUCCUAUAGCAAAGCAGGCAAUUCUUAUAAUUCAAGUCCAAAUGGUAAAGCGUGGCAAUCUGGCGAUUUUGAAGCCGAAACUCGAAGUGGCCUUUUAUCUUUACCUGAUCGUCCGGAGUUUACCAAGAAAACCUUUGACUAUAAAGAAAAAAAGAAUAAUUACGGCAAGAAAUCUGAGUAUGCUGCCAAAAGGGAUAAAAGUCAGUAUCAAAAAUACAAAACUCAAGACACUAUAAAAGACGACGUAGCAAAGGAAGAAGAUAAAGAAAAAGAACAGGAAAAUGUGGAAGUUAUUAACAAUAUAUAUAUAAGUCCGAAUUUAGAUCAUGAAAUUACUACAGACUUUAAGGAAGAUAACACUUUAUUUUAUAAAAUUCCUUCAGAUGACAUUUCAAAAGAGGAUAAAAGCUUCUUCGAGAUUUCAGAUAAAUCUCAAAGCAAUUAUUAUGAUAGAGUUAUAGAAGAUAUGUACUCUGUAAAACCACAUUUGCUGAAAAUGCCGAAAGAAAAGUUUUCCAAUAUAUUUAAUAUUAUAUUUAAACCUUUAAAAAAUGACUCUGACGAAAAAGUAUUCGAA